AUGGGCAGGACAGAAUUGCUGACAAUCUCCUCUGCAGGCCGUCUUCAUGAGUACCAGGUCAUUGGCCGGCAUCUGCCGACCGAGACCAACCCGUCUCCCGCUCUGUACCGCAUGCGCAUCUUCGCCCCGAACACGGUCGUUGCCAAGUCCCGGUUCUGGUACUUCCUUCGCGGCCUGAAGAAGGUUAAGAAGGCCACCGGUGAGAUCGUUGCCGUCAACGAGAUCUCCGAGAAGCACCCCCUGAAGGUCAAGAACUUUGGCAUCUGGCUCCGCUACGACUCGCGGUCUGGCACGCACAACAUGUACAAGGAGUACCGCGAGCUGUCCAGAACCGCUGCCGCCGAGUCCCUGUACUCGGACAUGGCCGCCCGCCACCGCGCCCGUUUCCGGUCGAUCCACAUCCUGCGCGUUGUCGAGAUUGAGAAGGGCGAGGACGUCAAGCGCCCAUACAUCAAGCAGCUCAUCACCAAGAACCUGAGCUUCCCCCUGCCCCACCGCGUCCCCAAGAUCCCGACCAAGAAGAUUUUCAGCGCAAAGCGCCCUGCCACGUUUGCUUAA